CUGCUGCGGUCACAUUGUCACUCGCCGCAUUUUUACUCGCCACUUCACACGCGUUUUUUCCCAAAUCGUGCUUUUUUUGUGAAGUGUUAAUUUCGUUUGUUACAAAUCAGCUCGGCGUUAUGUUCGCGCAGCCAACGAAAAACUGAUUGCGGGCACGGAGCUAAAGUUGUAAACAAGUGCGUGCAAAUUGCCCGCAGGAAAAUGCCAAAAUUCGUACCGAUUCGCAGCGCGCGUGUGUGUGUGUGAGUGUAAAGAAGAGAAGCAAAGAAUUGCGAAAGCAGUGUGUGCGAGGCGGAAGAAGCACAAAGACAAAAGGGAGGCGAUAAAAAAUCGGACAGGCGGUGCUGUCCGGCAAUCAAAAAAAAAGAAGAAAAAUACAGGCGGAAUGCAGGAAAGCGUGCCCAGCAUUUAUGCAGUGUGUGUAAAGAGGGUGGCCAACGCAUUUCCACUCAGUUUCUGGCGCCAAACAGAAUAGUUUUUGAAAAAUCGCCGCGUGUUUGAAAUCUACAUUAAAAAAAGAGGAAAAACCACGGCGUGCGUAAGCGUACUCACACCCUCACACACGCACAGACAGAGAGAAAGAGAGAGUGAGCGAGCACAAACACACACACACACAAACUCGCUGGCAGGAAUUGCAACAGUGUGUGCUCCUUUUUUUUUUUUUUUUACCUACGUUUUGUUGUUGUGUGUGCGGCGGCGCUUCUUUUUGGCUUUUUGUGUCUCUCUUUUGUGCCGUUGCUUCGCCGGCUAAAAAGGAACCCGAAAUUAAAUUGGCAUAAUGGAGGAUGGACAGGAGCAAAGGGAUUCCUCGCAAGCUGAAUUGGCCAAACUGCAUCCGAUGACGCCGCUAAAGGAGCUGCCCGAAGAGGAGGAGGAGGAGGAAGAUGAAUCCUCGGCGGGAGCCCUGCUCUCGAGAAGCAACAACAACUCCAUCAUGGGCAAGAUGAAGAUGCGCGUGUCUAGCAUUCUUCCCGCCUCCCUGAGCGGCUGGUUUUCGCCAUCGUCUAAAGGAGGCUCCGAAUCCGCCGCUGCCGCCUCAUCCUCCUCCGCUAAUCUCCGCCAGCCACGUCAGUCUAACGGACGCUCCGCCACGAAACGGAAACGCGGACGUCGUCGCAUCAUGCUAGCCGAAGCGGAUGCGGAUGCAGCAGACGACCUGGAUGAUGGCACCGACGCCAAAGGGCUCAAUUACGAGGAGGUGGCCCUGGCCGACAACAUAGCCGAGCACGACCUGGCCGCAGAGGACGAGCAGACGCGGCGCAGCGAGUACAAUGUGUUCCUGCUCCGCAAGCGACGAGAGGCAGUUGCCGCUGCCGGCGGCGAGGAGGAUGAAGCUGAGGAGGAUGACCUGGAGGAGGAGGAAGACGAGGGCGACGAGGAAGACGACGACGAGGAGCAGGAGAAUCUCUUGCAGGCCGCCGCCGUUCAUCCCAAGCGUCGACGUCUGGAGCUGGAGACCACCGUCAACUUGCCCAACAUGCGUCGUCUGCCCUUAUUGUCAUCCACGCCUGCUGGCCCACUCGUGGCCGCUACCAGCUCCUCCCAAAUGACGGGGUCUAGGAGCAGCAGCCAGUUGGCUCCACACCGGCGCAACCACCUCAAUUUGUAUGGCAGUCAACGGCAACGAGAACCCGCCUAUAAUUUUUUCACGGGCAACGAAGCCGCCGAAGGCAGUACCGGGGAUCUGCCGCAUAGCAUACGUCGCUCGUUGAACAUACCUUUCGGAGGCAGCAGCGCAGCAACUAGCCACAACAGCCUCUCCAGCCUUCCCAACCAUAAACGACCGUCGCUUCUGGGCCAGCGAACCAAUCGUCGUGAUCUUACCAUGGACGAGACGGGAACUGGUGCAGACGGAGAUCGCCUUGAUCAUUUACUAAGGAUCAGCAAGACCAACAACAACAUUAGCAACAAUAAUAAUAAUAACAACAAUGUCAUCAAGUCCAAGUCGAGACGAACUGAACUGUCAGUGGCCGAGAGAGGAGCUGGAGGAGAUUCGCAGUCCGAGGGCGAUAUCAACGAUUACCACGACAAUAUCGAAGGCAAUGAUGGACUGCGACCAUCGCAUCAUAACAGUAAUAGCAAUCUGGAAUUCUACGGCAAUCUACAGAGCACCAAGUCGAUAUUUAACAGAAGCAGCGCCGCUGCCCAGCCAGCGCACCGCAAUUCCACGUGGUCGUUGAAUUCGCUGAACCAGCGUCGUCGCUUUAAUGCUUCCAUUUACGGCAGCACCUCGGCGCUGAGCGACAGUCGUCUCCUAAGUCGCAGUGCCUCAACCUCCGGCUCUGCAUCAGCCUCCAGCUCGCCAUUUUACCAGGGACGCACCACCUUCGGCGGCAAUUCCGCGAACAAUCGCAUCUUCAGUCGCAGCAAUCUGAGCUCCUCCGCCGCCUCCUCAACAUUGGCCAUUAAUUCAGCCGGUAGUUCUCCGGCGCAUACGCUGCAGAGUUCCCUAACUGGUGGUAUAGGAUACGGCAUGAAACCUGUGGACAUGCGGCCAUCUGCCGCUGGCAACCUUCCAGAAUCAUCUGUCGGUCAGAGUGGCAGCAAGAAGUCUGGCUCCGGCCUGUCAAACACCACACUACGAAUCCUCAACCUGCUGGACAGCUACUCCACGCCGCUGAUCGAUGCCAAGCGCAUGGGCAGCACCCUGAAGGAGCACCAAAGCAGUCGUCAGCAGCGCCAGGGUACGUUGGCCACGCCGUAUCCACGUCCCACGAAUUCCCAGAACGCCAGCCGCAGUGUUCCGGUGCAAAGUCCUGCUAGCGAGUUGGCGGAACUCCGCUCUAACAAACUGCUGGUGCCGACGAUGCAGCAGCUCCUGGAACGCCGACGCCUUCACCGCGUUACCCAGAACUCGCGGGAUCUGGUGCAGAACCAGAGCACGCGGGUUCGAACUGAAAACAGCCAAGAAAAGGCCAAUCAAACCACACCAUAUGUAGCUCCGGUGGAUCAGCCGGCCAGCCAUAGUCACCACACCAACAAGAUGCGUUCGCGACUUUCACACCAGACGCGCAGCAAGGAGCCACGCGCGGAUCUGGAGGAGGCACCCUUGCCGCUGGAUCUGCCACAGAUCAGCUUCCCAGACAUGGCCAGCACCCCAAAGUUCGACUUGGUUAUUAAACCGACGGCGCCAGUGGUUUCAAAACCGGCAUCCACGGUCCCAACCAUAAGUAACAAGAGCAGCAGCAGCAACAUCUUUACAAACUCCAAGCAGCUACCCAACUUCCUAGUUAAUCCGCAGCAAACGGCUCCCGUUGUAAACUUCUCUGCCAAUGGAAGCGUUGCCCCAAUUAGUAAGUCGGUGGGACGCACAUUUAGCUUUUCGGAGCCCACGCCACUGUCGGAUUCGCGGGAGAACUGUGUGGCCCACCUGGACGUCAGGCGCAAUUACUUCUUCCCGGCGCCAGCUUCACUGGACGAGGUGCAGCAGCCACCGCAGCCAACGAUGAACGGAGCACCACCACUGGGUUUCGGUGAGCAGUUUAAGAAGUCCUCCAAGGAGUGGGAGUGCGAUGUAUGCAUGGUGCGCAACAAGGCGGAGGUCAGCAAGUGUGUGGCCUGUGAGACGGCCAAACCGGGAGCCAUUCCGGCUCUUGCCCAGGCACCACCAUCCACGCCAGCAAUUGUGCCACUGGGAAGUGGCUUUGGAGACCGCUUCAAGAAAUCAUCGACUGCCUGGGAGUGCGACGCAUGCAUGCUGUCCAACAAAGCGGAAGCCACCAAGUGCAUUGCCUGCGAAACACCCCGAAAGACUGCGGCGCCGAAGAUUAACAACUUUCCCCUGGUCACAAACAAUUUGAGUUCGGGAUCAGGUUUUGGUACGGCCUUCAAACCCAAGGCCAACACGUGGGAGUGUCAGACGUGCCUGGUAAUGAACAAGUCUGAGGCCGCCGAGUGCAUCGCCUGCCAGACGCCGAAUUCACAAGCGAGAAACGCUGGCAGCGAAUCAGUCCGAAGUAAUUCCGGAUCGUCCUCCUCCUCGACUUCUUCCUCCGGAUCAUUAUCCGGGUCAUCCUCUGGAUCAUCCGCUUCGUCAUCUGCCGCGCCCUCCCCCGCCAGGUCAUCGGCCAGGACUUCGGGCACGUCAUCGCCGGUAAUCUACAGCAUUGGCUCCUCGAGCGACACUGGCUUCUUGCCAGGGUCAACAGCCGAGACGGCCAAACCAGAUGCAGGAUUUCAAAAGCUGGUGGCAGCCCAAAAGGCAGCUAGUUGGGACUGUGAUGCCUGCAUGGCGCAGAAUGACAUGUCGCGAAUUAAGUGCAUCUGCUGCGAGCAACUGAAGCCUGGUGCCACCGGCUCCAUUUCCUCAUCAUCCGUGGUCUCCAAUUCGUCCGGCAGCGGCGGUGCGACGAACUCCGCCGCCAGUUCGGUGCCCAAGUUUAGUUUUGGAUUUGCGACUGUGAAAGAGGUGGUCAAACCAGCUGUUGAAACCACUACUGCCCCUCCCGCAGCAGCUACUACCCAAUUCAGCUUUGGAUUCGGGCAGACCAACAAGGGUAAGGAUGUGGCGGACAGCAAGAAGACGGAACCAACGAAGGGUUUCACGUUUGGAGUGAGCAAAGUGGAACAGCCCAAGACGGUGAGCUUCGAAACGGACUCAAAGGAAACGAAGGCCACUCCCAUCACCACGGAAGCAACAGCUCCACUUGCAGCACCAGCUCCACUUGCAGGACCAGCUCCACUUGCAGCACCAGCCCUCCAGUUUGUUUUCAAAGCCCCAACUACUACGACCACAGCCAGCUCAAUCACUACCACUAGCAGCAGCAGCACAACCACCACCACUCCUGCUCUAGGAGGCUUUAGCUUUGGCUCUGCAUCCUCAUCCUCGACUGUGUCUAGCUCCACGGCCAGCUCUAGUGCGAACCCCACGGCUGUCAAGCCCAUGUUUAGUUUUUCAGGUGCGGGAUCGGGAGCUGGCAGUGCGGUGAGCAGCACCAGUAGCCAGCUUCCGAUGCCCAAGGCUGGGGCUUUGAGCUUUGGUGUUUCCUCGAAUACCAUAACAACAACGACGACAUCUACGACAGCCUUUGCUCUGACACCCACAGCUACUCCGGCUCCAGCAGCGGCCACCUCAGCUUCUGCUCCAGCUGGCGGAUUUAGCUUUGGAAGUCAGGCGAAGCCACCGGCUGUCACCCAAGCCGCUGGAGCUUUCUUCUUUGGCCAGACACCGGCUGCCACACCAGCGGCACCAGCCAGCACCAGCGUGGGCUCCAUCUUUGGGUCAGCGGCAACCACCGCGACUAGCUCCAGUUCCAGCUUUAGUGGCAAUACCACCACCAGCACCGCAGCUGUCGUGCCAAGCUUUGCUGCUACCACGACCCCGCAGCUAUUUGGCAGUUGGGGAGAUAAGAAGGCUGAGACCUCGACCAGCAGCGCGACCAAGCCAUUCGCCUUUGGAUCCACUUCCGGAUCGGGAACGAUGGCAUCGCCCAGCUUUGGCUGGCCAAGCAAUGGAGCCGCGGCGAAAAACAACAGCAUUGCAGUGACCAGUGCGGCAGUGUCAUCUUCCUCGGCCUCCACCAUGGCGACUCCGGUCUUUGGCAGCAGUUCCAUGUUUGGAGCCACCAGCAGCAGCACCACCAGCACGAGCAGCUCACCCUUCGGAUCGACGGCGACAACAGCGGCAGCCACGCCAGCGGCAGCCAGUUUGGGUGGAAAUGGACCCCUUACCGGAGUCUUUGGGAAUGUGGGCAACUCUUUGGUGGCACCUGGAGCACCGGCAGCCACCGCGCCCGCAGCCGCUGCUCCGCUGGCCAACAUCUUUGGCAAUGUCACGCCAAUUGCCGCGGCGGCGCCUGUUUUUGGCAGCAGCACCAGCACAAGCGGGGGAUUCGGAGCAGCUGCAGCGUCGGCCAACACAGCGUUACCAGGAUCGAAGCUAGCAUUUAACUUUGGCGGAGCAGAUGCAACCACUCCAGCUCCCUCUAGUGCACCAUUUAAAUUCGGGACCACCACCAAUGCACCGCCCAUCAAACCUGCGUUCAACUUUACGGGCUCCGCGGCGACUCCAACUCCUCAGGCAACAUCCUUCAACUUCUCGGCCAACACGGCGGCCACCAGCCUUUCCGGCGGCGAUCCGCAGCAGCGCAUCUUCCAAUUUGGUGUUUCGUCAGCGACGGCGACGAUUGGUAACCAGGCUAGUGGAGUGGGUGGAGCCACCUCCUCCUCCGGCGGGGCGCCCAUGUUCAAUUUUAACGCCGCAGCGCCACAGAUGCAGUCAACGCCGAAUGCCAAUACACCGUUCCAAUUUAGCGCCGGUUCCCCAGCGCCAGCCAAUAUAUUUGCCUUCAAUCCGCCAGCCGCCGGCAACUCGGCACAGAAUUCGCAGAUGGCGCGCCGCAAGAUUCGGGCUCCCAUGCGCCGCCUGCCGCCCCGGUAGAAAUGGCAUCGCAGUCGGCCGUCGAGAUAGCAGCUGCACCUGCUGAGGCCGCCAUCGGAUUAGGAAUAGGAUUGGGGGUGCCAGUGGGAGGAGGAGGAGGAG